UCGAGCUCUACUGUCGCCUCGACGGAGCUGCUCCGGUCCUGGUCCACAAUCUCGGCUGUGAUGAUGAUGGUGAUAUAAUCUCGCUGUGUGUUAACUUGUCGACGUGACUCCCUGUCGCCGCCUGCCUGUUUGAAUUUUCAGAAUUUUCAUGUCAUCGGUGGCUGCUUGCUGCUUUGUUUCAUGCUUGUUUUGUUUUGCUAUUUUCGUUUAGUUUUCAUAGCGAGCGUUACCUGGACGACAACAGCGUCGCCUCGGCUAAUGUGUGCUCACCUGAGUGGGUGUUUGGGGAGUGGGGCGGUUGAGCGGGCGCCGAGCUCUAGGAUAGUAGCUUGAUUGGGGGCGUCCGCCGAAACUCGGUCAGGAUGUCGUGCUCGUGUUUUUUUAUUUUUGCGUUCUAAAUUAAGCCACUACAUAAUUUGUUGUAGCUACGUGUUUUAUCUGGUAUUGAUUGCUGUAAGUCUUUCCAACUGAGUGCCGCUCAAAACUUGGUCGGGGUGGGCAGGCGAAACCCAGGCCCGAAACUGAAAGUGGGUAUGCAGUAGCGUAAGUUUUAGCGCUUUCGUGGCCACUUAGAAACUAACUCGAGCUGUCGCCUUUUAUUAGGCAAGGCGAAAUGAAGAACCAACUGAAGACAAGCAGCCAAACAGGCACUAGGCACUCUAUUUCGACUGCGACUGUAAAGCAAAAAUUACCCAGGACUCUUGCUUAGCUACCUGUGCAGUUUUUGAUGCAGCCGUAAAAUUCUUGGAAAUUUCUACAAUAAUUGCAAAAGGGACAACGCCUUGGACAAGGAUAACACAGGCCAUUAAAAUAGUCAAGGUAUUCCUUGCCAGAUCAUGCCUAUAAAGAGCAUUGCCGCGCAAGUACCUUGAACAGUUGUCCGUGCAAGCGAAGUGAAACAAGUGCCUCAAGAUGAGCUAUAGAAAUCAAUUCAACAUGUCGCUGCGCCUGAUGCUGCUCCUCGUGAUGUUGUUUGAGGUGCGCACGUUGCCGGCGCUGGACACUGCGCCCAUUGCAACAGCCGCCAAUACCAUAGAGGAGUCUGAUAAGCAGCCAGAUGCGAACAUAGAAACGAAUGCAUUAAGUGAUGCCGGUUUGGUCAAUGCCAAUGGCACGAGCUUAGCGGCUACGAGCGCCACUGAAGCACAGGAUCCAACAGUGUCGGGUGACAAUGUGGCCAGCGCCAGCAGCAAUGAGCCGGUGUCCAUCUAUGCCAGCGGACUCAUCACGCCCGAGGCCUUUCAGCAGUAUCUGAACCAGUAUGGUGGUGCAGCGGGCUUGGCACCGCUCGCGGCCUACCCAGCGCCGAUGACAGGCGCUCCAGGUAUCUAUCCCUAUCCGGGACCCAUUAUGGUGCAGACCGGCUACGAGGGCUUCUUGGUGCCCACAAAUCAAGUUGGCUCCGAUAGUGUUUCAGAUGUGACCACAACGGUUGCAGCUGGGCCUUCGUCCCCCGCCUUGAACCCGUUGAUGGCCUUUGCGUCCCGAUUAUUGCCCACCAUACUGAUGUCUACGCUGUUUCGCAUUGCGGCCGUGGUGAUCUCCGCCGUGGGUGUGAUUCUCUUUGGAGGCGCCAUUACCAACGCCCUCUGCCGGCUAACGCCCAUCUGUGAGAUUCCCAACAAGGCUGUGAACUAUCUACGCUCUGGUGGAGCACAGGAUGUGGGUCGCAUGCUGGUCGAGGAAAUGACGCCCGAACGCGUGCGACGAACCACGGAAUUUGUGCGCAAUGCCAUUCACAAGUAUCGCCAGCUGCAGAAGCUAAUCGAACCGGAGCCGUACACGCAGUAGAAGUGGAAGCUUUAUUGUCGUUAACUGGAGAACGUGAUGAAAUUUGAUGUAAAUUGUAGUAAUUGCUUGCAUA